CAGGCUGUUCCCACGUGAACAGCUUCAAGGUGGGAGAGAACUGGAGGCAGGAACUGCGGGUGAUCUACCAGUGCUUCGUGUGGUGUGGAACCCCAGAGACCAGGAAAAGCAAGGCAAAGUCGUGCAUCUGCCAUGUGUGCGGCACCCAUUUGAACAGACUCCACUCUUGCCUUUCCUGUGUCUUCUUUGGCUGCUUCACAGAGAAACACAUUCACGAGCACGCCGAGACGAAACAACACAACUUAGCCGUAGACCUUUAUUACGGAGGUAUUUACUGCUUUAUGUGUAAGGACUAUGUAUAUGACAAAGACAUUGAGCAAAUCGCCAAAGAAGAGCAAGGGGAGGCUUUGAAAUUACAAGCCUCCACCUCGACCGAGGUGUCUCACCAGCAGUGUUCAGUGCCCGGCCUCGGGGAGAAAUACCCAACCUGGGAGACCACUAAACCUGAGUUAGAACUGCUGGGACACAACCCGAGGAGAAGAAGAAUUACCUCCAGCUUCACCAUCGGUUUAAGAGGACUGAUCAAUCUUGGCAACACGUGCUUUAUGAACUGCAUCGUCCAGGCCCUGACCCACACUCCCAUCCUGAGAGAUUUCUUCCUCUCCGACAGGCACAGAUGUGAAAUGCCAAGUCCCGAGUUGUGUCUGGUGUGUGAGAUGUCGUCGCUCUUUCGGGAGUUGUAUUCUGGAAACCCGUCUCCUCACGUGCCGUAUAAGUUACUGCACCUGGUGUGGAUCCACGCCCGGCAUUUAGCAGGGUACCGGCAGCAGGAUGCCCACGAGUUCCUCAUUGCAGCGUUAGAUGUCCUGCACCGGCACUGCAAAGGGGAUGACGCCGGGAAGGCGGCUAACAAUCCCAACCACUGUAACUGCAUCAUAGACCAAAUCUUCACAGGUGGCCUGCAGUCGGAUGUCACCUGUCAAGCCUGCCAUGGGGUCUCCACCACGAUAGACCCUUGUUGGGACAUCAGCUUGGACUUGCCUGGCUCUUGCACCUCCUUCUGGCCAAUGAGCCCUGGGAGGGAGAGCAGCGUGAAUGGGGAAAGCCACAUCCCAGGAAUCACCACCCUCACGGACUGCUUGCGAAGGUUUACAAGGCCGGAGCACUUAGGAAGCAGUGCCAAAAUCAAGUGUGGUAGUUGCCAAAGCUACCAGGAAUCGACCAAACAGCUCACGAUGAAUAAAUUACCGGUCGUUGCCUGUUUUCAUUUCAAACGGUUCGAACACUCAGCCAAACAGAGGCGUAAGAUCACUACAUACAUAUCCUUUCCUCUGGAGCUGGAUAUGACACCGUUCAUGGCCUCGAGUAAGGAGAGCAGGAUGAAUGGACAGUUGCAGCUGCCAACCAAUAGUGGAAACGAUGAGAAUAAGUAUUCCUUGUUUGCUGUGGUUAAUCACCAGGGAACCUUGGAGAGUGGCCAUUACACCAGCUUCAUCCGGCACCACAAGGACCAGUGGUUCAAGUGUGAUGAUGCUGUCAUCACCAAGGCCAGUAUUAAGGACGUCCUGGACAGUGAAGGGUAUUUACUGUUCUAUCACAAACAGGUCCUGGAACACGAGUCAGAAAAAGUGAAAGAAAUGAAUACGCAAGCCUACUGAAGCGACACACAGACCUACCUGUAGUGGAAGAUGACAGCACCCUUACCACAACUGGCAUCGAGAUCUAAAGGACCUACUUGCAUGGCCCAUGGGCCUGACAGAGUAAGAAUUGAACAGUUUCCAGUGUCUAAAAAGGUCCUGAUUGCAAGAGAAAUAGAAGGGGCGGGAGAAGAGGCUCUAGUCUAAGCCGUCACUUAAAUGAAAAUUAAAUGGCAGGAAUGCUCUGGGUGGGGAAGGCAGAAGCAGGGAAAUCUUGACACUGGUACAUAUUCCUAUAUUCCUCCAAAAGAUUGUGUGGGGAAAGUGUGGGGUGGGAGGGGGGUGGUGUGGGGGGGUGUGUGCCCUUGUAACCGUAAAACAUCUUUCUCCAUGGGUGUUUCAGCUUCAACUGACCAAUCACAUAACAGUUAUAUGUUUGUGGGGGGAAAGAACAGUUUCUACAAGUGCAGCCCAUUACAUGUAUGGGUAUGAAAGUGGGAAAGUGGAGGAGGCAGGGAUAUCUCAUUGACAAACACCUUUGCCAGUUUCUUUGUAUUCGUGAUUUUUUGUGCUAUUAAAUGCAGUAUUAAACAAAGAAGAGCCCAUGUGGGCUCGUGAAACAAGAGAGAAGGGGGCUUGUAUAAGGGGAGCAGAUGCUCCAAAGGUAGAGAAGACAAGAAACACUGUAAGAUAAGCAACCAACACAGACAGGCCUCAAUUAAGAGUAUAGUGUGUGAGUGUUUAAAACAAAACAAAACAAAACAAAACAAAAAAAAAGCUGUAUGAUAUACUUGAGCAAAUCAAUGAACCUCUUUGCGAUUGUUUUCUCAUCUGUACAAUGCAGAUAAUUCCUACCUUAAAGGGUUAUUGUUAAAGAUUAAAUGAUAUAAAAUGUGUCAAAGUAUAAAGUAAAAGGCUUGGAACUUUG